CCUAAAGAAGCUUUUAAGUCAAUCCUAUAGCACAGUGAAUUUGAAUGCUAAUGGAAAACUAGAGCCGGUAGCCACAAUAUAAAAGGGUGUCAUAUUGCAACCAACCACCUGUUAUUCUAAUCUUUACCACUUUCAGAGACUUAAUGCAGAGUCUUUGUUUCCUCUGCAGCUGAGAUUGGUGGAGGACAUAUUCAGUAUCUGAUAGAGGAUUUCAUGCUAAACGGCAAGGUAGAGUUGCCCCCAAGCUAUCGCAGAAAAAGUUUUUCCUGAUUCAGUUUUGCUAUUAGCCCCUGAGAUGGCUUUUACAUGUUGGUGUCCCAGGAAAUCUCAACAAAAUUUUCCCUCUGUGGAAGAGGAUACAAAACUUCAGUAUAGUCAGCUUAAUAAGUUUUCAUGGCAGGAGUUACAGGUGGCAACAGAUAGCUUUAGCAAUGAAAGCAUUCUAGGUAGAGAUGGAUUCGGACCAUUUGGCAAAGUUUACAAGGGAAUUCUUGAAGAUGGUUCUCUGGUGGCUAUAAAGAGAAUGAAAAGUAAGAAUACUACUGGUGGGGAGCGUCAGUUCCUGAAAGUAAUGAAGAUGAUCACCAUAGCUGAGCAUCAGAACCUCCUUAAGUUAAUUGGGAUAUGUAUCACACCAACUGAACGGUUGCUGGUUUAUCCCUACAUGGCUAAUGGGAGUGUUGCAUCCCUCUUGAGAAAUCAAGGUCCAUCACAGCCUUUACUUGACUGUCCAAUCAGGAGGCAAAUUGCAUUGGGAUCGGCAAAAGGUCUUUCUUAUUUGCAUGAACACUGCAACCCGAGGAUUAUCCAUUGUGAUGUGAAAGCUGCAAACAUUUUCUUGGAUGACAAUUUUGAGGCUUUUGUUGGGGACUUUGCAGUAUCUAAACUGAUAAACUACAAGGAUUCCCAUAUCAUUUCUACUGUACAUGGCACAAUUGGGCAUAUAGCUCCAGAAUAUCUCUCUAAUGGAAGAUGUUCAGAAAAGAUUGAUGUUUAUGCCUAUGGAAUUAUGCUUCUAGAGCUAAUCACUGGACAGAAGGCAUUCGACCUUUCUCGGCUUUCAAAUGAAGAUGACAAUGUUAUGCUGCUUGAUUGGGUGAAAAGAUUUGUGAAAGAGAAUAAGUUAGAGGUGCUGGUUGAUCCUAAUCUUGGAAAUAAUUAUGUAGGGGCUGAGAUAGAGCAGCUGAUGCAGAUUGCACUACUUUGCACACAUGGCUUACCAGAGUAUCGACCUAAGAUGUCAGAAGUGGUGAGAAUGGUUGAAAGUGUUGGCUUGGCAGAGAGGUGGGAUGAGUGGCAAAAGAUGGAAAUUUCUGGCCAGGAGAUGGGACCAAUCCUUAAUCCUACUUCUCGGAUUUUUGAUUCUACACACAAUUUACAUGCAGUUGAGUUAUCUGGUCCAAGAUGACUCUUUUCUCGUUUCUGGAAAUUUUUUUUACUUACAUAGGAUGUUAAAUUAUUUUAUACCCCCAAUCAAACAGAAUUCAAAAAAUAAUGUUUAUAAUGAGACUUACUAAGUUUUGUAAUAGGGCCUAUUAUCAUUUUAAUGAUCUGUACAUUACUCA